UCUCUCCUGCAUUAUCGAUUUCCGUUUGGUUAGCGGGGGGAAUUUGGUCUGAAUUCAUUCUAUUGAAUUUUGCUGAAGUGGUUGCACGUGGGUUGGUGUAAAGAGUAUAAAUACAUUUUGGGGCGCUUCUUAAAGACCGAGAUAUGAGUUCAGAAGGAUAUCAGCAGAGGGGAACGAGAGUGUAUGUGGGAGGUUUAAAUGAAUCGAUUAAAAAGGAAGAUUUAGAAACAGAAUUUGAGAAAUAUGGGAAAUUGAACAAUGUCUGGGUAGCAUUCAAUCCACCAGGUUUUGCUUUUAUUGAGUUUGCAAAUGAAGGUGAUGCAGAAUCUGCCUGCAAUGACUUGAAUGGCUUUGCAUUAAAUGGCUCAAAAUUGAGAGUAGAGAUUUCACGGGGAAGGGGCCGUGGAGGCAGAGGUGGAUUUCGUGGAUCAGGGGGUGGUGGUAGAGGAUUUUUUGGGAGGGGAGGCUCUAGGGGCUCAUAUGACAGAGGUAGUUUCCGCGGAAGCCGUGGUAGGGGAUCUUCAAGAGGACGCUACGGAGAUGACGACUACAGUUCCAGCCGUGGCAGCUAUGGAGGAAGCAGAGACUACGAACGUGAUGGAGCUCGUGGAUCUGGCUACAGGGUUUCAAAUAAUUACUACGGUGGUGAUACUGGCUCAUCGAGGUAUCGCAGUCGCUCCCCAGUGGGGCGUGGCAGCUCCAGGGACUAUGGGAGUGCUGAUGGUUCAUUUGGCUACGGUGGUAAUCGAUCAGGCGACGGAUACUAAAGCAGUCUGCGAUGAAAAUGGAAGGACUUAAGUCCCUUUCCUUCACGACCACAUUUUUGAUCGUCGAGAGAACGGGGCACUAUCCAACGACACCACUUUUGUGGUCGAUAAUUUCGUCACGUUAAGAGCUUCGAGAUUGUAACCGCAUCCAAAAAAUGAUCUCCGAGUUCAUCUGAAUAGCCCCAAUGUGUGGAAGAACUGCCCAAAAUGUUUUAUUUGUGAAGUGUUGAUUACUGAAACAAGAAUUAAGGAAUGAACAUUAUAGGUUUACUCAUUCUGUGUUAAGUUUUGAGUGUAUGGACAAGCUUAAAUAACAGUUGCUAUGUCAUGCAGCUUCCCAUUUUUCACACAUUAUCAUAACUUUUUUAUAUUUCAUUCUUUCACCAAGUAACUUCAGUGUUAAGAUUAAUGGUAUUACUAAAACAUAGUUUUCGUGUUUAGUGUUGAAUAAAGUCCUUCAAUGUGAGAAA